AUGGAUCCGAAUAUUUUGGAAAUCAGUUUAAUUUGUUCAAGUGAAGCUUCGGCAACUCAGUUUGCACAGAAUCGUGGUUUGCGUUUGAAUGAUCAAUCAAUACAAAGCGCACAACAACCACUUGGUAAAUGUAGACUUGGAACAACUAACUGUUCAGUUAAUCACUCCCAAAAUUUUGUAAAUCCCAUUGAUGGAACGAAUACUCAAAGAAUUGAAGCAAACUGGGGUUGGAUGAAGACAAAGUUGAUUAAAUCAAUGAGAGGAACUAAAGAUAAUUUAUUACCUGGUCAUUUAGCUGAAUAUUGGUGGAAAGGAAUUCAUGAUGAAAGUCUUUUUCUUGAUAUCAUUGAUGAAAUUCGACGUCAAAAACCAUUACAAUGA